UAGCACAGAUGAGACUAGCGGCCAUUUUGACGUCUCUUUUCAAUCGCCACGCUUGAAACGUAGGUAUUGUUUUUCGGUUGAAAUUAUUAUUCUAAAGAAUAAUGGGCGAUCCUUACGGCUCGGGCGAUUAUAGUGGCGGUGGGUAUUCUGCUCAACAGUAUUCUGUGCCACCACCUCAAAUGCCUGCCGGAGAUAGCAGUUAUGGAUCAGGACAAGGAGGAUACGGUCAAAGUAAUUACUCGAACCAAGCUGGAGGCCAGGAGUGGAAUCAAAAUUCAGGGAGCAAUUCUUAUGGAGGCAGCCAACCUGGGAGUAAUUAUGGGCAAAACUUUAACUCCGGCUAUGGGGGGAGUGGGGGUGGCUACGGCCACGGUAAUGACAAUAAUUACAACGUGAGCGGGGGUGACAGGGGAGGAAACAGCUAUGGCAGUGGAGACCGUGGCAACUCCAAUUAUGGCGGCAACCGAGGAGGCAGUAACUAUUCAGGUGGAGACCGAGGGGGCUAUGAAGGAGGUGACAGAUCAAGCUACAACAGAGAUGGGGGGAAUAGAGAUGGUGGUUAUGGUGGCGGCGGCAGGGGGGGUGGUUUUAAUAAAGGUGGCGGUGGAGGAUACGGAGGCGGGGACCGGGGGGGAAGUGAUAUGGUCACCCAGGAAGACACAGUCUUUAUUCAAGGCAUGAAUCCUUCUACGACAGAAGAUGAGUUAUGUCAACACUUCGGGGCUAUUGGCAUAAUUAAAAUUGACAAAAAAACACAGCGCCCGAAAGUAUGGAUGUACAAGGAUAAAUCCACCGGCCAACCCAAAGGCGAAGCGACCGUCACCUACGAAGAUUCAAACGCCGCUUCAUCGGCCAUUCAGUGGUUCGACGGCAAAGACUUCAACGGCGCCACCAUAAAGGUGUCGCUCGCUCAAAGACAAAACACCUGGGCCGGCGGUAAAGGUGGCGGCGGCGGCGGGUUCCGCGGGGGCAGAGGCGGCGGCGGCGGGCGCGGGGGCGGCGGCGGGCGCGGAGGAGGCGGCGGCGGCGGCCCGCCCUCCGGCAAUCGCGAAGGCGACUGGAGAUGCUCCAAUCCUAGCUGCGGAAACACCAAUUUCUCGUGGAGAAAGUCCUGCAAUCGCUGCAACGAGGCGAAACCCGGUGAAUCCGGAGGCGGGGCGCCGUCCGGUGGCGGCGGCGACCGUCGCGGCGGAGGCCCGCCCGGGCGCGGGGGUCGCGGGGGCGGCGGGCGCGGAGGGCCCGGCGGCGGCGGCGGCUCGUGGGGCGGGCGCGGCGGCUCGGACCGCGGAGGCGACCGCGGUGGCGACAGAAGAAGUUACGGCGGGAGCGGCGGAGGCGACCGCGGUAGCGGCGGUGGCGACCGCGGCAGCGGCGGUGCCAUGAGGGGUGAUGGCGGGGGCAGAGACCGCCAGAGACCGUAUUAAUUUUACGUAAUGUAAUGAUUUAUUGAUAAAGCAUUGAAUUUGACAUAAGUUGUAAUUGUAAUUUAGAAACAGAAGUUUAGAUAGAACAUUCAGUCCCACUCAGUAACAUUUAGUGAGAAGCCACACGGUGCCGCAUCACUGUACACAUGUGGUAUGCGGCGCCGCAAUACGGCACCGUCUCGCUCAAUCGAAGUGCGGUGUGCCUGCGGUGCGGCGCCAGAACGCACCGUCUGGCAUAUCAUUGAUUUUUAUCGCCGCAGCGGCAUCGCUCCGGCGCCGCGCCGCGACCGCAUCGCACCGUGUGGCUUCUCCAUUAGACUGGGUUGCACCAUCUUACUUUAUCUUUGACAAACGUCAAAAAUCUGAAACUCCCAUACAAAAAGCACCGGUUAACGUAAUAGUUAGGUGGUGCAACUCUGCCUAAUUAUUACUCAAAUUAGCAUAGAAGAGUUAUCAUAUUUUUCGUAUUGAUUAAACAGAAACGUUUCUGAGUGCAACCGUAUAAAAACCGGUUUUUAAUUAAAUCUUCAUUUUUUUAAAUAACAGAUAAGUAAUGAAUAACCUUUCUCGUUUUUUUAAACGUAAAACAUGCAGAACUGAAUUAUUAACAUAAUAUUUAAUUAGGAACCGGUUAAUAUGUAUUAGUUAUAUCGAUGUAUGGAAAAGUAAAUGAUGUUUAUUGAUAUUUUAUGACUGUUUGUAAGAUUUAUAUAGCAAAUCAUUUCCAUAUUUUCUCAAUACAAUAUGUAAAAGCAUUUACUAGAAUGAUUGUUUGGUAAGUACUAGUAAAAUAAUGUUAAAACGUUUUUGUUGUUAAUCACAUGACUAACGAUAAACAUGAUAAAAAUAAACUAGACAUCUUGUCUGUCUCUAUAUUUAAGUACGAUUUGUUCAAUGGUUUACUUUUGUGAUUUUAGCAAUACUUAUUAUUGUUAAAUA